GGGCUCCAAUACUUGGUUGCUCGUUCACAAUGGAGUAUUUCUCGGGGGCCCUGCGAAUCCGCAUUAUUGAGGCAUCGGAUCUAAAACCUACCGCUUGCGCCACACGCCACUCAAUUCGCCCUACUGCAAAGUUAUGCGAACUUCUAGAUCCAUAUGUUACAGUCGAUGUGGAUGAUAUCGCCAUUGGCAAAAGCUCUACUAAAUCCCGCACCAAUACUCCCCAGUGGAAGGAAGAUAUAUAUGCCGAAGUCUCCUACACACAACAGCUCACUUUCACUGUCUACCACGAUGCAGCUAUACCUCCUGACGACUUUGUGGCCAUUGUUGAAUUAGCGAUUCGCAAUGUACGUUCCGGGGAAGAUGUUUGGUUAGAAUUGGAACCCCAGGGAAAACUACUAGUCCGUAUCGACCUAUCCGGCACCCGCACCGAUGAGCCACCUCGUGACCGCAUGGGCUUUCCUGGACGUGAUGGUGCUAUCGGGGGUGUGCAUGGGAAGCAUUAUCGUUGUGGCGCGAUGCGACGUCGUAUCCAUCAGGCCAAAGGCCAUAAAUUUCAGGUCACGAGUCUUCGACAGUUCACUUUUUGUUCGCUAUGCAAUAGUUUUAUCUGGGGUUUAUGGAAUCAAGGCUACCAAUGCCAAGUUUGCACUUGUGUGGUGCACAAACGCUGUUACGUGAAUGUGAUUACUCAGUGUCCUGGAGUGAAAUCACCACCGACUGGACCAACAGCGGUUUUGCAGAAUCGUUUCAACAUCAAUGUGCCGCACAAGUUUCGUAUCCACACAUUCAUGCUGCCAGCAUUUUGUGAUCACUGCGGCUCAUUCUUGUUCGGGAUCAUGCGACAGGGAUUGCAGUGCGAAGUGUGUCGGCUCAACAUACACAAACGCUGUGAGAAAAAUGUCGCAUCUCAUUGCGGAGUGAACACGAGGGAUCUGAUUACGGCCAUUCGGCUGUGUGGCUUGAAUCCGUCCGACUUGGGUGUCUCUCCUCCACCGACCUCUAUCACCAAUGCUGUGGCUUCAGCGCUUUCGGCCGGCGGUGGUGCUUUUCCCUGCACGCCCGGUAUAGCCAAUCUUCCUCCGGUGUCCAACUUUCCAGGUAGCAAUCUAAUCGCAUCUCGUCCUAUCCAAAUGGGUUUACGUACAAGGAGUCCUUAUGGUCCUCUUGGAGAUUCGAUCGUUGGAGAGCUUCGUUUCUCUGGCUCUUCACCCAGCAUGAUCACUCCGCACGAGCGUUCACUGAGUUCGCCCAUUCCUUUGCCCCCGAAUGCAUUGAAUCAAUGUUCUAUGGAACAUCCGGAUGCCGCCUCGAUACGCGCCGCCGGCGCACUUUCCAUUGUAAGUGGUCCCGUUUAUGGCCGUCAAGGUGUUGCUGCUGUCCCUCCUCGACCUGCCUCGCUUCAGAAUUCAGCUUUCCACUACACCUGCAACAUGCGUACCACAGUGGAACACUAUAAAAAGGUUGUCACCCAUACAUUUACAGUCUCCUGA